AACUCAUCCUCCAACUCAUUCCCCAUUUUAUAAAUAUAUAACACAUCAAAAUUCAUAGCUUAAAUCAAAGGGUGGUUUGUAUUGUGAAACUUCAAACACAAUAAUGGGGAAUAGCUUAAGGUGUUGUUUGGCUUGUGUUCUUCCAUGUGGAGCACUAGACUUGAUCCGUAUAGUUCAUUUAAAUGGAUAUGUAGAAGAGAUUACACGUCCAAUUUCAGCUGGGGAAGUUCUUAAAGCCAAUCCAAAUCAUGUUCUAAGCAAACCAAGCUCCGAAGGAGUUGUUCGCCGGAUUCUCAUCCUUUCACCGGAGACUGAGCUCAAGAGAGGAAGCAUAUACUUCUUGAUCCCAUCCACGUCAUUACCGGAGAAAAAACGGAGGGUCAGGAGAAGCGUCGCGGAAAAAAAUCUUGAAAACAAGAAAGUGUAUUUCUCCUCUGAAGAGAAAAGUAAGAACUGUGACGAUGAUAAUAAAUCAUCGUCACAUAAACAUUGUGAGUCUAAGGAGAUGAAAAGCUCGAGGCGAGAUCGCCGGCACAGCCGUAGCUGGCAACCUCAUCUUGAAAGUAUCAUAGAAGAUUUGUGUUAGCUUUGUGUUUCAAAAAUUUGCCAGUGCAGGAAUCUGGCAUAUUGAGGAGAAUGGGAACCAAAAGUGGUUCAAUACUUUAAUUAUUAAAGCAUAUAGCUAAAUGAUCCAUUUUCUCUUUUUUCUUUCUUUUGAAAUAUAUGUGAGUAUUAAUUUUGUGGAUAGAAAUAUUACCUUGCUUUCUUGUUUGAUCUUUUUAUUUUUGUGUUUGGGGUUGGACUUGUUAAAUUCUAAUAUGCUUUGGCUUAUAGAAAUA